ACCGUCAAGGGGGCUACUUGUGCACGAGAGCCAUCCAGCGCACCAUUCAAACAACAACAUCUGACUUGCGAGGAAUCACACACCGAUUGCACCGCGUGCGUGCGUGAUUGCAGCGAAGCCGUGUCCCUAUUUUCCUUUCCCCCACAGGUUACAUUCGUCUUUGUGAUCCUCUGAGAAGUUUUAUGUGUGUGUGUGUGUGCGUGCGUGCGUGCGCGUGUGUUCGUUUAGUGACAAAACGCGUCGUGUGCGGGCGUGAUUUAUUGUUUUAAUCGUCCUUACCUAAUUGUGUGUGUGUCUCCCUACCCUGUCACAAGAUGCGUCGCAAAGUGCUGUUCCGUGUGGUGUGCGUGUGAGUGCAAUGUCCUUUUUUCUUGGCUGAGCGGCGGCAUACCACGCUCCCCAUGUAACAGAAACGGGGGGAAAAUAAGCCUUUCCUUCCGUAACAUAACCCCAAAAAGCAGAAAGUGUGUCCAGGGAUAGAAUUUUUCCCGACAGAUCUUAUCGUUUCCGGCAAGUGUUUGUGUGUGUGUGUGUGUGAUCGUAGCCUUCUUCGUCAAAAUGUCGAAAACAAUCGAAACCCAUCUGCAGAGCAACGAGGUGCGAAUACCGAAGAAAUCGAACGAAUUUGAUGUGACCGCAACAGCAACAGCUGGCCGCAAUGGGGUUGCGGGUGGUGGUGGUGCAGGUGCACCGUGCCAGUACUUCAAGAGUUCGUUCGCCCGCUCGCUAUCGUUCAGCCAAGGGCCGGGUGGGCCAACCGGUGGCGGUGGCGGCGGAGUGCGGGGCGGUGGACCGUACGGGGGUGCCGAACAGCACUUUACCCGGUCGCUGGAUUUUGACGUUAAUUUUGAUCCGAUCGGUGGUGGCAGCAGCAUGGAUGGCGAUGGUGGUGGUGCUGGUGGUCCACAUCAAAUGAUGAUGAUGAUGAUGGGCACGCCAUCGUCCGCUUCGCCCGUGUACGAGGAGGAGGGCGAGGGCGCGGUGUCACGCGCCGAAAGUGAUCCCGAUCCGGACGCGGCCUCACUGCUCGGCGGGCUGAACGGGAUCGAGACCAGCAACGGUGGCAUUGUGAAGACGCUCUGGAAUUACGCCAAGGGACAGGAAAUAAAAUCAGCAAACAGCAGCCCCGCCAAGCGGUCCCUCACGCUCAAAUCGAACGGUGGCACACUCGGCGGGCGCAAAUCCAUCGAAGCAAACGAAAUAGAAGUUUUGCGUCUUCGCAAGGAAUGCCAGAACUUGAUCGAGGAAAACCGGCGGCUUGUUAGCAUAGCGAGCGGUGCAGGAAAUGGUUACGCGAUCAGCGGCAUGCUCAACGGUGCGGUGGGUGGAUCCGGAAGCUUGUCGACGCUCGGCAUGGGCGUCCCUAACGGUGGAAGCUACAGUAGUGUUGAAUCUGUGAUCCUGCAAACGCAAGUCGAAACGCUACAAUGGCAACUAAAGCAGGUUGACUCCAGCCGACACAUGUACCGGGCGGUGAUGGAAGAAGUUGUGCGGUUUCUGGACCGCUGCUACCGCUCGCUGGACGCACUGCAGAGUGGGCAGAUAGGGCGAUCGAAGAGUGUGCUACAGGUGUCGAAAACGAGCGGACAUCAGCAGCAGCAGCAGCACCAACAUCACCACGAUUCGGACAGUAGCAGUGCGAGUAGUCCACGGGCACGCAGCAGUACGAAUCUAGUGGAUGUGCAGCAACACAACAAGCCCUACACCAAAGCAGCGGGAGGAGGCCAUAAUGGGCGCCUGGACCAUCAGCAGCACCACCACCACAACCACCAACCGUCCUCGCUGACGCUGAUCAACACUGGAUCGUCGGCAGCAGCGAGUCAGCAUGCCGCAACGUCCACCCAUAACGAGGACGAUUGUGUCGUACCGCCAUCACCUGCCAGCUCCUACAGCACCUUUAGAGAUUUUACCUGGCGACGCUCACCGAAACGAACCCAGACUCUGCCAAUUUCCAGCAACGAAGUUGACCCGGAGAAGCUGGCCCAGGAGGCGUUCCGUUUGCUGCGGACGGUGCAGAAUCUGCUCAACACACAGGAGCCGACGCUGGCCCAAUCGACGAACGCACUGGACAGCCUGAUCUCGGCAUCAACGGCGGCAUCCAGCUGCGGCAGCAGCACCACGCUCACCGGUGUCGGUCUGGCCGCUUCCGGUGCGAUGCUCGGCAGCACACCGACACUGACCGGAGCGGGCGGCGGUGGCAACGGUGGCGGCGAUGGCGGUCGAAGCGUAGGAGUAGCGAAUGGACAUAGUGGUGGAGGAGGAGGGGGAGGAGCCGGUGGGGGAGCUGGUGGUGGUGGAAGUCAUCCGUUGGUGAACACCCGCAGCACGGUGGGCUUCAGCCGGAAGCUGAACAUGCGCGGCAGCCGACUGUCGGUGAGGAGCAGUACGGCCGACUCGGUACAUUCGACAUCGUCCUCCACCAAGACGGAAACGGACGAGGACAAUACGGAUCGGCCUUCGCCACCGCUCCUGCUGUCACAUCCUCACCAUCAUCACCACCAUCAUCAUUUGCUGCAGCACCAGAAUGGAAUAAACGGUGGCACUGCAGGUGGUGGCGGAGGUGGAGGUGGAGGUGGCAGCAGUAGUAGCAGCUGCUGCAGCAGCACCUCGGGCAACGGUAGCCUCAAUGGGAACGGGCACCAUCAUCACAAUCCGGCCCACCGGUACAGUGCGAACAUCGAGCGGAUCAAGGAGAUGAUGAUAUCCAGCUCGGCGGAGGAUGAGAGCGGCUUCAGCUCGAUGAACUCGUUCCAGGAGAUCGGCCUGCCGCUGGUCAACUCGACGAUGCUGUCCUCGGUCGGUAGUAGCCACGGCGUUAGCAACGGGUCGCUCGGCGGCGACGGAUCGUCGUCCUCGAACGAGGGAGGAGCAGCUGCUGGCGGUGGCAGCAGCAGCAGUAGCACCGGCAACAACAGUGCGUUCGGCGGCAUGUCGGAAGAUUCGUCCGAGCUGCGGGAGAACACCGUCAUCCCGACGGCGGCCAUGAACGGGGCGACGAACGGGGGCAGUAACAGCAGCGCCAACCGGUUGGGCAUUCCGUCCUCUCCGUCCGCAAAGUCGGCCAGUGGGCAGAGCGGGGGUGGUAGCAACAAUGCGUCCACUGUCACUGGCUCCGGUGGCGCGUCCAGCGGUGGAUCGCCACUGCGCGUCACGCAAACGGCCAGCUACGAGCACCACACGCACUUCAUCAACCAUCGGCGCUGGGACUCGGCCCCGGUUGUGCCGCCCAAGCUGAAGAUUCACGCCGGCGAAACCGAUACCGUGUCGCGGGUGCUCUGGGUGUAGCAGAGAUAGAAGCGGCCGGCGACCGGUGGUGUGGUCACCGAGCGCCGUCGCCCCGUAGGUUUCCUCGCAUUUCUUUCCCACUGCAUUUGUGCACUGUGAAUACGGAUCUCGUCGCCCUUUCUUUCCCCCCCCAUGUGUCGAGUUGUGGCUAGGAAAAGGGGAUUGGAUGUCUCUUUCAGCUUUUUUUUGUAGUUUUGUAAUUUUCAACCUUCAUUUGCGUCCUCCAAUUGUUUCCUUUCUGUCGUCCAAGCUCUGUAUAGUUUUCAUUUUUGUAUAUAGUUUACUAAGUGGACACACACUGUACUUUGUGCUUACUUUUAAGCAUACUUCUUUUGAAAGGUGACAUCGAUUGGUUUUAUAUAUAAUCCUUAUUCGAAAGCGGAAGGAGACAAGAGACAACCAACACACACAUACUUAACAUACUUGUCGCAUUGUCGAGAUACGUUCGAAGGAGAAUUAUUCAUUGCAUUUAAUUAAAAAAAACCCAUAAUGGAUGGACAGAGCCGUCGUACUACUACUACUACUACUACUACUACUACAAUAAUCCCAUACGCAAACCGUUCGUUUUUAUAACACAGCACUGUACGACAAUUUUUGAAACAUUUUUACGUCGCAAAUGGGCAAAAUGCGUAUGCGAGGGGAAUUAGAAUUGUCAGAGGAAUUGUCGUUGCUGUUUAGCUACGGAAGUACUUUAUUAUUUUGUAAAUUUCGAAUUAAACGUUUUCAAUGAGCAGGAUACGAAUUCGAACGCCAACAAUCUACCCAGAAAAAACAGCUUGUAGUGAGGAUGAAAGCGAACGCCUGAAUGCUCCCAUGUACUUGACACGCCAAGUAUACUGAGUACGCCGAAUUAGAUGGGCAGCUGGAUGUGUGGGAUAUUACAUCGAUGGAUGAACGUUUUUGAUUCAAGAUAACGUAGCUGUUAAGAGCUGUGUGUAAGGAAAGGAAGUAUGAAUAAAUGUUUCAUGAUAUUGGGCGGAUAUAUUUUCGUUUUUCGUUUUUCGUACCCAACCACAACCAAAGUCGGAACAAGGAAAUACAAAGAAUGAGAUGAAAUUUGAAGCGAGGAUCGAGUGAUUGAACACAGAGAGGAGCAGGACAAGAAGAAAAAUAGUAGUAUAGAAAACAUAAUGGCUUCCACAUAAUAUCAUCAUUGAUAGGCGCAAGUAUAGUGAGAUAUCGAAUCGUCACGACAGGACAAAAACCCUCAUCCGAGCUCUUCUCGUCUCGUCAAAUGCUUAUUACAUCGCGUGCGUAAGAAUAAUUCCUUUGUUUUUAAAUUUUGAGUUUCCAUGUGUAUUUGUAGCAUCAUAUUGCGAUAAUUUUAAACCGUGACUUAUGAGAAACGACUCGGCGACGGAGAGCGAGAAGCUCUAGAAGAAGAAAAAGGAGAGGAGAGUGCAGGAGGUAAAAUAGUUUUCUAACCAAUGCAAAACGGAUGCAAAAAAUAAACGGUAAUGAUAGAAAGGCAAAUGCGUAUCUUCGUAGCGUUACAUUAUAGACGGCAUUUGGUGGGAUGUUGUCUGCAUAACAAUACGAAUACGUCCAGCAUUUAAAACGCGAAUUAAUGUGAGCAUCAUAACAUGGAAUACUGUUUGUUUUUGUUUUUUUUUUAAAGCAAAAUGUAUCGCAGCAUCUGGAGGACAAUAGCUACGUAAACUAUAGGACAAGCACUACUUAGGGCGGCAGCAAACGUAAAUGCUACAAUGUGAAUACAAAAAUUAACUUAAAUCAUCAAACGGCGCGUCAAAAGGAAGACACAGGAAUAGCCAAUAGAGGGAGUACGUAAUAGUGAGCCAAACAAUUCAAUAAAAAAAACACCAACAUAAAGUAAGCAAAGUAAAUGCACCACUCUCUCAACAAAAACGUUCUUUCUUCUACACCACCUUGUUUUUUAUGGUACAAACACUACUGAUCCUGAUUUUUUAUUUGUCGAUCGAUGGUGCAGUGCAGGACAAAGGUCUGAUUUCUGAGUAUCCGUUACCGUGAAGAGAUGAAAGUGAGGCUAUUUUUCAUUAACUAUCUGUUCAACCAUUUUCGAAACAAUUCCCCGAUACUGAUGAUGAUGGUAGGCAUUUUUAAUAGACAAAAGAUGUUUAAGGUAUAUUUUAAAAACACAGUUUGAAAGCAGCAGACAACCUAAGCUACCGGUAUGAACGGUAACAAGUAUUCCAAGGAUCAUAAUUUCCAAUUACUACACACACACACUAACUGAUUGAUCGCUGUUAUUAUAUUACCCUCCCUUCCGGUGUACCACUGGAACUCUACUUACCAUCUAUUACCGCUAACACAACCACUACUCAAACACUAAAAUAAAGAAGAAAAAAUUACAUAAAACACA